AUGCCACGUCGCCUGCGUGACGCUGCCGACCCCUUCCACGCUCUCCCCUCCGCCCCCGGCGGCAGCGGCAGGUACGCCGACGACUGCUACGUCAUGAAGGUGUACCCCGACGGCAGCUGGGUAGUCGUCGACAUGGUCAGCUGCCGGCAGGCCGCCCCGGUGUGCUACCUCACGUGCAAUGACGGCGACGAGCCUAGCCUGGAUGGGGCCGCCGGGACCACCCCUGCAGCUGCAGCGCCGAGGGGCGCGCUGCCGUCCCUCCUCGCCGACUUCGAGCGGUGCGGCGACCAUGCCACAGCAUAG